AUGGCAGGGGUCAUUGAAGAUACAUUCCCUGCUAAGGACCAUGACUCUAAACUUUCCAUUGCAGAUGAAGAGACAGAGGUGGAUGAUUCACCAAUUGAGCAGGUCAGGUUAACAGUUCCAAUAACUGAUGACCCUACACAACCAGCACUGACAUUUAGGACAUGGGUUAUUGGUUUGGCAUCCUGUGUUAUUCUUUCCUUUGUGAACCAAUUUUUUGGGUACAGAACCAACCCUUUAUUUGUCUCAUCUGUCUCAGCACAGAUUGUUUCACUUCCAAUUGGUAAACUAAUGGCUGCAACACUUCCAAAAACACAAUAUAAAGUCCCUUUCACUAAAUGGUUUUUCUCAUUGAAUCCUGGACCAUUCAAUAUGAAGGAACAUGCCCUUAUUACAAUCUUUGCUAGUGCUGGAUCUAGUGGUGUUUAUGCCAUUAACAUUAUUACUAUUGUUAAGGCUUUCUAUCACAGACAGAUCAAUCCAGUGGCUGCUUUUUUGCUAGCAAUGUCAACCCAGAUGCUUGGUUAUGGAUGGGCUGGAAUUUUCAGAAAAUUCCUUGUGGACUCUCCUUACAUGUGGUGGCCUUCAAAUCUUGUCCAAGUGUCUCUAUUCAGGGCAUUUCAUGAAAAAGAAAAGAGGCCUAGAGGAGGAAACACUAGGCUGCAAUUCUUUUUCCUGGUCUUUGUGGCUAGCUUUGCUUAUUACAUCAUUCCAGGCUACUUUUUCCAGGCAAUAUCAACCAUAUCUAUUGGUUGCUUGAUUUGGAAAAACUCAGUCACUGCUCAGCAGAUUAGUUCAGGCAUGAAGGGUCUUGGUAUUGGUUCAAUUUCAUUUGACUGGAACACAGUUGCUGGUUUCUUAGGAAGUCCUUUGCCAGUUCCUGGUUUUGCCAUCAUCAACAUUUUGGUUGGAUUUGUGUUGUUUAUUUAUGUUGUUGUUCCCAUUUCAUAUUGGAACAACUUUUAUGAGGCCAAAAAGUUUCCCCUCAUCAGUUCUCACACAUUUGAUUCCACUGGUGCAACAUAUAAUGUUAGUAGGAUUCUUAAUGAUGCAACCUUUGAGAUUGAUAUGGAUGCUUAUAACAAAUACAGUAAACUCUACCUUAGUAUUACAUUUGCAUUUGACUAUGGAUUGAGCUUUGCAACUCUGACUGCAACCAUCUCACAUGUUAUGCUCUUCCACGGAAAAAUGAUUAUUCAGCUGUGGAGGAAGACAACAACCGCACUAAAAGAACAAGCCGGAGACGUGCAUACAAGAAUUAUGAAGAGAAACUAUGAACAAGUACCUGAGUGGUGGUUCAUGACCAUUUUGUUUUUAAUGGUUAUUAUGGCUUUGAUGUGUUGUGAAGGAUUUGGCAAGCAGCUCCAACUUCCAUGGUGGGGAGUAUUGCUUUCUUUAACAAUUGCAUUGGUUUUCACUUUGCCAAUUGGUGUAAUUCAAGCAACAACAAAUCAGCAAGCUGGACUCAAUGUGAUCACAGAGUUGAUCAUUGGGUACCUAUACCCUGGAAAGCCUCUUGCUAAUGUUGCCUUCAAGACUUAUGGAUACAUCAGCAUGUCACAGGCACUUGGUUUUCUUAGUGACUUCAAAUUGGGACACUACAUGAAAAUUCCUCCAAAAGCUAUGUUCCUAGUACAGUUGGUAGGAACUUUGGUUGCUUCAAGUGUCUACUUCAGCACAGCAUGGUGGCUUCUCACUACUAUUCCAAACAUAUGUGAUGAAACAAUGUUGCCAGAGGGUAGUCCAUGGACUUGCCCUGGUGAUGAUGUGUUUUACAAUGCUUCAAUCAUAUGGGGAGUUGUAGGACCACAAAGAAUGUUUACCAAGGAUGGCAUAUACCCUGGAAUGAAUUGGUUUUUCCUCAUCGGUCUACUUGCUCCUGUUCCGGUCUGGCUGCUAGCUCGCAAGUACCCGAACCACAAGUGGAUUGAACUCAUCAACAUGCCACUUAUCAUUGCAGGUGCCAAUGGUCUCCCACCAGCUAGAUCAGUGAAUUACAUUACAUGGGGAAUUGUUGGAAUCUUCUUCAAUUUCUAUAUUUACAAAAACUUCAAGUCAUGGUGGGCUAGACACACUUACAUUCUAUCAGCUGCUUUGGAUGCUGGAGUUGCUUUCAUGGGUGUGUUGCUCUAUUUUGCACUCCAAACUUAUGAUGUCUUUGGUCCAGCUUGGUGGGGUCUUGAUGCAGAUGAUCACUGCCCCUUGGCUAAAUGUCCUACAGCUCCUGGUGUCAUUGCCAGUGGGUGCCCUGUCUAUUGAAAUCCAUAAUGGCAUUCUGUCACGUCCUCAUUGGUCAUGAAAAAUGUUCAAAGUCUCAAGAUGAAUUAAUACAUGUUGUCAAUCGCGGAAAAUAGUUGGUUGUUGAAAUUCUGCUAUGCAACACUUAAGUACUAUAGUACUGCAAUAGUAGUUGUUUGACGACACUUAAUAAUAAAUAGCUUAUGAUGUCAUAGUAGCGAUUUGCUCAAAGUCUCCUAUUUUGUAGGGCUAUAACCGCCAUUUGAUAAUAUUGUAUUAACAUGGUUUCUAUUUUGUACUUUCUCUUUGCCAAUUGUAUAAUACAUUAGAAUGUUGAACAAGCUGUACAGAUUGUUUUAAUAAACCAUGUUUUUUAUUCUUUCUA